GUAGCACAUUACACGAUACGUGGCUGCUCGCUAUUGCGUGUUUGUGUAGCGCUGUGAUCAAACUCCAGCAACAAAACGAAAGUAGUGUAAAUAUAAUAUGACAUGCAUUUGAAUGUUCUAGAAUGGAAAAGGAAGCUCUAACUCUAGAGGAUAUCAAAGGAUUAGCAGAUACAUAUCUGAAAUGUCGGUUGUGCAAUGACAAUUUAAAUACGUCUGUUGGAUUAUCUCGCCUUCUUCCAUGUUUACAUAGCCUGUGUAUUCCUUGUCUCGAGAAAAAGAUAAUCGACAAAGAAAUUAUUUGUCCUGUUUGUUACGAAAAAAAUCUCCUUCAAGAAAGAGGCUUGGACGAACUUCCAAGUGAUCCUAAUCUCAAGGACCUCCAUACAUAUGUUGAUUUUCAUAGAAAUGGAGAGAAACAGAUAUGCGGGAUGUGCGAAAAAAACACUGACCUUUCACAUCGAUGCAAACAAUGUGAAGUUGUCAUUUGUUAUGGGUGUGUUUUGAUCCACAAAAAGAUACGAAAACUUAUACAUCAUGAAUUAUUCCCUAUCCGCCGAAACUUUGCUGAUAACAUGGUCAAUGACCCAGCAGAGUUUUCGUCGGAUGUAUUUUGCACUCAACGUGAUCAUGAAAAGGAAAUGCUGAGAAUUUACUGUUCCUCGCCUUGCAGAAAGCCAGUUUGCAUAUUAUGUGCCUUCCGCAAUCACUGUGGGCAUGAACAAUCCUUGCUGGGCGAUGUUUACUGCAAGGAAAGACUGAGGGCAAACGUUAUCUACUCUGAAAUUGAAAGUCAAGUCAAGGCGAUAGAAAAUGUCAUUCAGUGUGUCCAAAAGGAGAUGCAACUUAUUAGAGAGCAUGCGUUGCAUGAAAAACAUUCUAUGGAAGCAACAAUGGGAAAUGCAAAAGAAAUCAUAGACAGAAGAGAAAAAGACCUUUUGGGAGAGAUAGAUGUUCUCUCUCUUCAGAAAGAUAAGACAUUGCAAAAUCAAGCAGAUUCUUUACAACACAACAAAGAUUCACGUAACGAAGCGAUUUCGUUUUUCCAGCAAUCACUAUAUUAUAAUAACAAGCCAGCUUUUCUCCUGAUAUCAAAGGCGAUGUUACAAAGACUUAAUGAGCUUGGGAAAAGAUCAUACCAUGUAGACGCGCACACUACUUCUAUUUCUUUUCGAUGCGUGAAAUCUGCAACAAUGUUUGACUUUCAAGAGAACAUAAAUACACUAGUUAAGGUUCUUGUAUCAAACGCAAACGUUUUUCGGUGCCAAAAUUCUGUUCCAACACAUUGUCUGGUACACGAGAUAUGUCUAAUAUCCAUGACAUUGAUUUCCUCUAGUGGAUCCGUAAUAACCAAUGAGGACGUUACAUUUAUUAUUACAAAUGACAGAGAAACGAAAGUCGAAAUAACUUGUACAUUUUCGGACAUUGACAAAGCCAUGAGAGGAAAAUGGUGUCCAAAUAAGAGUGGAAUGUUUCAAUGGACAGUAUUAUCCAAUGGAAUAGAAUUGACCGUUAAAAACCUCGUAUGCGUUGAGGACAAAUGUAAAAUGACUAAAGAUAGAUCUUUGAAGUUUUUGGUACUGUGUAUGAGACUUAGUACUUCAAACUGCGAGUUGGCAUUUUCAUUGCAAGAUAAUGUUGAUAGAGCGAUCUCCAUAAGGGAAUUGGAAAUCGUGAAAAAAGUUUUCUCAGAGGGAGAAAUUUCCAUACUCUUUAGUGAAAAUGGUAAAGUAAUAGCCAUUGGAAAUGAUGCGGAGAGAAUGUACAUGAAUGCUAGCAAAGAAGACGUUCGACUUUGCAGACUCUCAGAGGAUAACUUAAAAGUAAUAACAGCAGCUGAUUCACCAAGUGACGCUGGGACAGACAUGACAGUUUCAGAAGUCAUUAUAUCUUGUAUACAGUAUCUCCAAGAUGAAUUUGAGAACGUGUGCCUGGAACCCGAUUUUAUAACCCCGUUAGACGUAUGUUUGGUGAUAAUCCUUCCUACAAACUUUCGAAAUAUUGCAAAGGAUAACUUAACAGAAAAGAUUGGAACAAAAGUAAACGAGAUCCAUCUUGUAUCAGAAAUUGACGCAAUACGUUAUUUCUAUGAUAACAUAAAGAGAUACUCCCUGUCCCUGGAAAGCAAGGCUUGGCAUCAUUUCUCCACCGGUUGCAGAUACAUGAUGUUGUAUUGUGGAGGCAAUACCCAAGCAACGAUUGUAUGUUUUGAUCCAGACGGCAAACAGCAUAGACAAACUUGUGAAGAAACAGUAGGGGGAUUCUAUAUUCGUAAGCGUGUACUUGAUGUUUUAGGGGAAAUCAUUGGAGACGAUGUUCUGGAUUACUUCAAAGGAGAAAACCAUCCAGAUUAUAUUGACUUUAUGAAAAGACUAGAAAUGUCGAAGAAAGUUGCAAAAACUACAGCCGAUUUCACAAUUCGCAUGGCACGCUAUCUUCUUGAAGAUUACCAAAAAAAGAAAGGAAAAUCUUUGAAAGAAAUAAUUGAAGCCAUAUACAAUUUAGGUUACGAUAUGAAGUUGAAUGAACAAACACUUCAUAUCAAUGCUGGAUUUAUUCUAGAAGAAUGCUUUCAAAACAUACUUGAGUACACUGAGAAGAAUCUGGAAAAACACCAAACAAACAAUAUAUUGCUCUAUGGAGGUCAUGCUAACAGCGCAUGUUUUCUAUCUCUGAUGUCAAAACGCUUUCCAUGUGUGCGAAUUGUGGCCCCAAAGAAUGCUGAUUUAGCAGUGGUAAAAGGGGGUGUAUUAUAUGGCCACUUCUAUCGGCCAUACAAUGUAUAAACAAAACCCUAGUAUUUUCAAAGGGUUAUAUGUUGAAAGCAAAAUUUUAUUACCAUGAUUUGGUGAUAGAAAAUGUUAAAGAAUUCAAAUAUUUAGGCAUUAUAUUUUCUAGCACAGGUUCUUUUUCCAAGACUAAAAAACAUCUAUGUGAACAAGCACAAAAAGCCAUGUAAAGAAUCAUAAAAAAAAUAAGACAAUUUGAAUUACCAGUAGAUUGUCAAGUUGAUCUUUUUGAUAAAGUUGUAUUUCCAGUAUUACAUAAUGAUAUAUAUAUGGUUCCGAAAUAUGGGGCUUUGGAAACCUCGAUGUUGUAGAACGUAUACAUUAAAAAAAAAUUAAAA